CUGAAUGCUUCUGAACAGCUUCUGAACGAAGAGCGAACGGAACUUAAAUAAACGAACGCUAAAGUUCUCGUCCAACAGAAGACGAACGAUGGAAAAAGUGGGCAAGAUCGUCAAAGAUGUUUUCUACGAUCAGUUCAAGUGGUCGAUAGUGAAAAACAUUGCUUUCUUUGCCCUUGGUGUCAAAAUCGCCAUUGAGUGCAAUGGAAUGACCCUCAUGCCACCAGUUUCCGUUUAAGUCCAUUAUGAAGCCAUAGAAUUCAGGGGAGAUCUGUCCAAACGUCCCACCAGUUUCUUGCGUCACACCAAUUCACAAUCAUUGCAGGAAUACGCUUGAUUUUAUCUGUAUUAUAUAAAACUGUAUAUUUUGUAUUUUAAAUACGCUUGUUAAAGAAUUGUUGAUAAAAAAGAAUGUACAGUAGCUGCUGUUGCAUGUAUUUAAAAUGCCUUUUACCCAGUUCUAAUUCAGUAAAAGAAAAUACCAAAAAAAAUUAGUAAAAUAAAAUGUAAUUUAAAAAAUAAAUUUAUUUGGAAUUAGUAAGUUUAAACUUAAUACUUAAAUUAUAAUUCAGUUUAACUGAAUAUUUGAUUUAAGUUUUUUAAAUAACUUUUAAUUGCUUGCUUUUUUGUCCUUAUUUUUAUUGCUCUGCAAAUGCGAGCUGUACUUAAUAUUUCCUUUAACUUAAUUAGUAAUCAAAUUUAAUUGAUGCCAAGUUUUAAGCUAUGUUUAGAUAACCCAGCCAGACGAAUUUACUACAGAACAGUACAAAAAAUCGGGCCUAUAUGUCAAAGAACAAAAGUUAAUUUUAUUUGUGGAAUAGCAAAUCAAUUGUUGAUUGGAUUAGCCGUCAUACGCAGAUUGAAAAAAAGCGCUAUUUUAAAGAUGGCGCCGCGAAACCCCCCGAUAAAUACUCCAGACGACGUAUAAUCGGUAUAAUAUAUAUGAACAUCUAAUCUGAAGAUCUCUUGCGAAUUCACGUGCUGAUUCAGCACUGAUCGUGAUGGUUGGAUUAUCGUACGAUUGAAUAUUAAUUCAGUCGAGGCUGCAACUGAUAUUUGGAGGUAUUAUCGCAGUCUCGCAGAUGAUUUAUUGCAUAUGAUGAUAGAACAUCUUAUACGACGACUUUAUUAUUGCGUGAGACGUGUGACAAGUGGUCCUUCGUGACUUAAUGUCAAUAAAAAUAUAAAUUCGCAAGAUUUAGAAUAUUUCUCGCCGGAACUUGGUGCUUGCGGUUUGUCAACAUGAAGGAGGAACUGGAGGAUAACUGUAACUCCGAGCUAUCAGCUGUUAUCGGAGCCUUAUUAGACACCUUAGAUGACAAGAAUCAGGACGUAAAGCGGUCCGUGAUCGAAUCGAUUGAAAGGAUAAGUAAGAAGAAUCCAGAAGUCGUCAUUCAUGCUGCCAUAUAUUUUUGGGAGAUGCACAAAAAGAUUUCCACAGAGCACAUGGCAUCUCUGUUAAACAUAUUAACCGAUGUAUGCAGACACUUGGCUGCGUGUUUAAGCACAUUAAACACACAGUUAAGCGUAGAUCUGGUGACAUCUCUCGCCGAGGUAGCAGUAAACGAGCUAGUAGGGGAGACCGAAAAUGAAGCAGCCGAGUUGUUGAUCCAGCUUUGCAAGAUACACUGUAUGCAAACUACAGGUCAACUUUUAACUAAAUUGGAACCUGGAGUAAUUCCUAAUCCCGCGAUAGUUUUUACUAUAGGAAAACUUGCAGAGGCCAAUCCACAUGGAAUGCUAUCAUUUGUUAAAAUAACAUUGACCAUCAUGCUUCCAAUGCUGAAUCAGAUACGCGAAGAAGUCCUCAAACAGGCGAUUUGCUUCAUGAUUUCAAAGUUUUGCGAAGCUAUAAACGAUCACCUAAUGAAUGGAGACUCGACUCUUGGAAUUAAUAAACAGACAUUUGUGGAUGAAAUUUGUUCUGUCUUUGAUUUUUUGACGCACAAUUGGUUAAAGACAUCGCGCGAUUCCAAGUCAACAGAGGCUAUUUUAAUGACACUUGUGCCUAUGGUUUCCUUGCUGCCUGCGCAACAGGACAGCGAAAGAAUUGUAAAAUUGAUACCCAUAUGCUUAAGUCUUUGCAGAAAGCAAAAUGUACGUUUAGCUGCUGUAAGAGUUUUAGCUGUGAUUUUAAGCUCUGUUCAGACUAAAAAUAACAAAGAGGCAAUCCGCCCAUUCAUGGAGAGUAUCCAUCAAACUCUAUUUGAAUUCGUCAGCGUUUGUCCUUUCGAAGCUGCCCGGGACACGGUUCUUAUACAUUACGAAGUAUUACAGUGUUCCAGGUCAUUAGUUGUCUUGUAUCCUGAAGAAGGUCUUGAUAGAAUCUUGCAACAAUUGAAGUCACCAAUUUCUAAUCAACGCGCUCGUGCUUUGGUAGUUCUCAGGCACCUCAUAAACACUCUUCCGCCAGAGGAUGACGGAUCCUUGCAAAGAAUCGCACUUAGCCUGCAGGAGUCUCUUGGAGAGAACGGCGCGCUCCAAAUGGUCGGCGCUAUAGUGGCACUCGCGGCACGGCCAACGUUUCCUCUUCUACCGUCGCAGAGAGCUAAAUUUGUUCGCUAUAUGGUAUCACAUUGUGAAAUGAAGAGUGACGAUGAUACGGAGGACGCAUGUUCCGAAGCUUUAUAUCUGCUUGCAACGACAGUUGACGGUGUCGAAUCUUGGCUGUGGCCGUGUUUGAUAAGCGCAUUGCUGGAUCCGGCUUGUGUAACAUCCGUCAUAUCUGUGUUGAAUUCAUUGACUCCAUUGGCGAAAAAAAUUAUAUGUGACGAAAAUUCUUCAACAAAUGAGAGGGAUUUUCCUGGUACAAAAGUCUUAGGCAGAUGCUUGGAAUUGUUAGGCAAUCCGGUUAAUCGAUCUGCAGUGAUGGCCUUUUUAAAGACGGCAGCACCCUUAGUAGGACAUCAAGUAAAGUCUUAUUGGGACAAGAAGCUGGAGGAACUUUUACAGGAACUUUUUCAAGAGGAACUUGCAAGAAUCACUGAAGACAGCUCUACAAAAGUGAAAGACACUAAGCAGUGGGAUUUAAUCUGGGAAAAAAAGGUGGUAGAGUGGUUAGAGGAGAGUAUGAAACUAGAAGGAGAGUCAUGGGGCGCGAAGCUUGCUGACGAACUUGCUUUGAAGGCAAGUGCACCGGGUGUAGCACCGCUUUUGGGAGCUACGUGCAACAACAACGCUCACAUCACCUUGCUCGUCGAACUUGCGCGUUCUCACGGCACAACCAAGGAAUUCGCGCGAGCGGUUGGCAUCUGUGCGAAACGGCAUCUGAGCAUCGUGUUGAAAUUAAUGGAGGAAUUUUGCACCGCCGAGGAUGCAAGGAAAGCUCCUUUGAGAUUAUUAGGUUUUGUAAAAGACACGAAGGCCGCCGCUACCGCCGAGGCUGCGAAAGCAGGUUUACUGCAAGCUUACGCCGAGAUUGCUCAGAAUGGGGAUCCGCAGGAACUUUUUCCCAUGUUUGAAAAGCACGUAUUACCGUGGACUAUGAAACAGUUGCAUGAUUGUAAGGAACUGUUUACGAAAGAAGCAGGAUUAUCAGUCUUGGAACAAGUGGCAAACGCUGUUCAUCCCACAAAGUUACCUGAAUCUAAGGGCCUGCGCGCAAAGGCUACUGCUUUGGCUACUUUAUUGGGAAUUUUGCAGUCGUCGACUGGAUACAGACCGUUGCAACUAUAUCCGGCGAUAUUAAAAGCAGCAAACUCUCUAAUACGUAUACCACCAGCGCUAAAUAAUGAAGAAAGAGAAAUUUUCCUUAGUGCAGUAUUGGAUAAGACGAUUAGUGCCAGUUCAGAGAUUGCUCUGCAAUCACAUCCAGAAAUAAUGCAGCAAGUCAUAGACAAGCUGGGAACUGUGUCCAGCGAAAUUGUAUCCGAUUCAGCAGAUGCGCUAGCUGAGCUAGUUGACAUAUUGUUACCCUGGAUGCAGUCUAAAUCAAAUGUGGAGAGAAAAAUUACUUUGUUGGUGCUACAUACAGUGCUUCAGUCUUAUUAUAAUUCGUUGAAAUAUACAUAUCCAGGCGGCAAGUUGGAUGCUGGAAAACUAGUAGGAAGAACUUUAUGCUGGUGUGCGGACACCGAAUUCGCAUUGAGGCCACUGGCAAUAGAUUGCAUGCUUCUCUCUCUAGACAUUGCAGCCCGUCAUCGACAUGCAUUGCCCGAUAAUACUUUGAAUGAAGACAUACAACAAAUAAAAAAAGAACUUAUAAUCGAAGACUCAUUGGUAUCCUACGGAGCCGUACAAAGAUUGGCUAACGUGGUAUCGCAGAAGAUCCCCAACGGCGAAAUAGUUAGCUUAGCGGAAGGAUUGAUCGAAGGCUUGUUGUUCUAUGGAGAAGCGAGCCUGAUAGCGGGCAUAGCUCUCUCGCAACAUUUUCAAAUUAAAGGAUCGGAGAUAUCCAGGACAGAUGUUUGUUUAGUCGACAGUAUUAUUGCCCAAAUGAGACAGAUGGAAAAUGCAAGUUGUAGGUAUAUAGCAACGGUGGCUAUAGUGUCACUGAUGAAGCAUCAUCCGGAAGAAGUAACCGAGCAUCUUUUGUCUCAGCCGUUACCAUUGGAUCCGGGUACCGCAUUGUGCUGGAAAGAAAUUGGCAAUAAUGACUUCCUCGGACCCCGAGCUUUAGAGAUGUUGUUGAUAAAACUCGAAUCCACCAAUCUGUUUUCUGAUGUUACUAUUCCGUCUGUACAUUCGGGAUGCAAUAAUACUGCAUCCUUCCCAUCUUUGGCAGCCAUUGUGGGCUUGAAGCAUCUUUUUGAAUCUUCGCACGUGGAAACCUUGAUUGCCGGAAGCAAACAGUUGGCGGGAUUGUUAUCGACUCUCCUCAAGUAUCUAUCGGGCUGGCUGUACGUUGACGCUCCCACGUCGUUGAUAAAUACAAAAUUUGGAUAUGUGCCGAACCGAGCGGCGCAGAAAUUAAAUCCGCACACUGAAGUAUAUUCUAUAUUAACUCACAUAUUAAUAAUCAUCGAGCCGAACACUGCAGUCAACUUGUCUACAGAGAUUGGAUUUGCUUCCGAAACGCAAACUGAGGAGACUCUAAUAUCGACAGUACGAAUAUUAAUGAAAUGUAUAUCGACUAGAAGCGAGGUCCUGUCAAACAUGACGCAAUACAUGGGCAAAUUGAUGAGUAGCACAAUAGCCAUACAACGAGCAGUUGCUGCUACUUUUUAUUCGGAACUGAUUGGCAAAAUAGAUUGCGGAGCUAUAUGGCUUGAUGCUAUAAUUAAUAUGCUGCACGAUGCUAAGGCCGAUUCAUCGUCCUUGGUACGAAAGCUCGCUACCAUCGGACUUGCUAGGAUAGCCUACUUAGACCCGAGACAGGUAAAGUAUCCUUUUCCAAUGCGUUAUUUUUAUAUAUUGACCAACGAAUGUCUUUUAGGUCGAUGAAUAUUUCGAUAAUUGCAUGGAUGCCUUACUCGAUGGACUGGAAGAGAUUGCUGGAGAAGGCGGUGCAGAAGUAGUACUUGAAU